AUGAGGUCACUUCGAUGGUACCUGAAAUUUUCCCUUAAAAAAAAGCCAGCAGUGGUACCGCUGACACAGACAAGCCCACAGACUAUUGGUCCUGCGCGGACACGGUUCGCUCCGUCGCCCACAGGGUUUCUUCAUUUGGGCUCGCUCCGUACCGCCUUGUACAACUAUCUCCUCGCCAAGUCUACUGGAGGACAGUUUCUCGUCCGAUUAGAGGAUACUGACCGUCAACGAUUGGUCCCUGGUGCCGAGCAAAACAUCUAUGACUCCCUCAGCUGGUGUGGGCUCAAGGCCGACGAGUCACCCGUGGUGGGAGGUCCUUACGGGCCGUACCGCCAAAGUGACAGAAUGGCCAUUUACAAAGAAUAUGCCGACAAGUUGAUUGCUCUGGGCCAUGCGUACCGCUGUGACUGCAGUAAGGAUCGUCUUAAUGCAUUGAGGGAGCUGGCAAUGAAGCUUAAGCCGCCGACCACAGUCACUUAUGACCGGAAAUGCUUGCACGAUCACGUUGAGACCGGAGGGGUGGUCAGAUUCAAAAGUCCUGAUGAAUACGAACCGUUCACUGAUAAAGUGCACGGUGAUUUGAAUUUGCAACCGCAAUACAACUACCAGGACCGUCGUUAUGAUGAUUUUGUGAUCUUGAAGUCGGAUGGCAUGCCCACCUAUCACUUUGCCAACGUGGUGGAUGAUCAUCUCAUGAAGAUUACGCAUGUGAUCAGAGGUGAAGAGUGGCUUCCGUCCACCCCUAAACAUAUUGCACUUUACCGAGCCUUCGGCUGGGAGCCUCCUCAAUUCGUUCACAUUCCGUUGUUGACUUCAUUGGCCGAUAAGAAGCUUUCGAAGCGCCAGGGAGACAUUGGAGUGAUGUCUUUCAGAGAUAAAGGGGUGUUGCCUGAGGCUUUAGUGAAUUUUGUGGCGCUUUUCGGGUGGUCACCUCAUCGUGACACCCCCGGUUUGUCUGUGGAAGAGUCUAUGACUUUGGAAGACAUUGUCUCGAAAUUUUCGUUGGAGAACUUGACUCGUGGUAACGCUAAGGUUAACGACUCGAAGCUUUACUAUUUUAACAAACAUCAUUUGGCGGAGAACAUCAAGAAUCCUGAAAAAUUGGCUUCGCUAGUUGAAGACUACCAAAGACUCACAAACAACAAAUACCCGGAAGAGUGGGUCACUAAGUUGAUCAAGUAUGCUGGGCCCAGUGUAUCAUCAAUCAAUGACAUCGAGUCGCAACAUCCUUACCUCUUCAAGCCUGUCGACUACAACGCCGCACAAAAGCCCCCAGCCAAUGCUGAGGAUAUUCUUGCCUUGCUCAACAGCUCUUCCGACUUCAAGAAGCUGGUGAAUGAACUCGCCAAACAGGGAUUUGCUAAGAAAGAUAUAUUCCAGCUGGCACGUUUUGCUUUAUCGGGUGGAGUAUCGGGGCUUGCCAUUCCCUUGGUGAUUGAACUUAUUGGUCAGGACGAGUAUCACGCUCGUUUGUCGGCAGCCUUAAACUACUUAAAAUGUUAG